UUUAGAGUAAUCAUAACUCAGAAACGACUUGAAGGCACAUGGCGACAACUCCCCUAUUUGUUAAGGAAUGAUUGGAUUAUUCCACUAGAGCAGGAAUGAACCUGUCUAACGGGAUUUAAAGGGGAGAUCAAUUAAAAUUGAAUGUAAACAGAACCUGCAAAUUUGGGAAGAUUAUCACACAGAAUUGCUGCUAAAGUGAAAUGACGCAAAGUUAAACCAAAGUUAAAGUGGAGAAAAACACCACCUUUUUACUUUAGGAAUUUCCUGAAAGUAAAAAACUGCAGUUUUUCUCCAGCUUUACUUUGGUUUAACUUCACAUUAUUUCAUGUUAACAGUGAUGUCGUGUGAUAAAGUUUGGGCAAUUCUGGGGUUUUCUCCAAUUUAAUUCUCCUUUAAAUCCCAUUUUCCCAUAGGAUCUCGCUAGUGUGAUAAACUCCUGAGUGUUGCAUUUCAGAUGCUCUUUGCAUGACUUUGCUUACACUUCUAUAUCUUGCGAGAUUAGCAGAAACGUUUGAUCAUUGUUAUACCAUCAGGUCUUUCUGACUAAUCUUUGUUUUCUUUCAGUGCGAAAUAAACUGAGAGAGAUAGUAGGAGCAUCUACUAACUGGAGAAUAAUUUGGUUUGGUUGCCUUCCUGUCCCAGUGACCAUGUACAAGCAAUGAAUGAACGAAAAGCCUUACAUACACUCCUUGCUGAAAGCCAAGCUGUCUUGCCCCCAAGGAAGAUGAGUGACAGCUAUAUAGAAGUUAUUCUGCCUUUGGGAAGCCAGCCUGAAAUAAGAGAGAAAUACCUUAAUGUACAUAACACAGUCAGGUUUGGCCGAAUUCUUGAAGAUCUUGAUAGCUUAGGAGUUCUGAUUUGUUAUACUCACACAAAACAUGAUGCUGCUCAGAGAUCUCCUCUGUCUAUUGUUACAGCACUGGUGGAUAAAAUUGGUUUAUGGGAGCAGCACAUUUAUCCAGAUCGUGAUAUCAAGUUUGUUGGAAAUGUUUCAUGGGUAGGAAGGACUUCAAUGGAAGUGAAGAUGCACAUGCUUCAGUUAAAUGAUGGUAUCUACAGCCCUGUGUUAGAUGCAACUUUUGUCAUGGUGGCUCGUGAUCCCGAAAACAAAAGGCCAGCAUUUGUGAAUCCAUUGAUUCUUGAGACCCCAGAGGAGGAAAAAAUCUUCAAGGAAGGAGAAUUGAACAAGUCAAGAAGAAUUGAUUCCAGUAAAGCCUCCUUACUAAAAAUGGCUCCUACUGCAGAAGAAAGAAACAUUAUUCACAACUUGUUUCUUAAUACGCUGGACACAAGGACAGUAAGUUUUCGGAGCCGAGUGUUGCCGCACAACUCAGCUUGGAUGCAAGAUACAUCAUUAAAAAGUCUGGAGAUCUGCCACCCUGAGAAACGCAACAUUUUUAACAGAAUUUUUGGAGGAUUUCUCAUGAGAAAGGCAUAUGAACUUGGAUGGGCUUGUGCUUACAGCUUUGGAAACUCCAGACCUUAUGUGGUAGCUGUAGAUGAUAUUAUGUUUCAAAAACCAGUUGAGAUUGGAUCAUUAUUGCUACUUUCUUCCCAGGUAUGUUACACUGAAAAUAAUUACAUCCAGGUUCGGGUGCACAGUGAAGUUUAUGAUCCAGAUUCUCGAGUGCACCAAACAACCAAUGUCUUUCAUUUCACAUUUAUGUUAGAAACGGAGAUACCAGUUAUUGUCCCUAAGACAUAUGGUGAAUCCAUGUUGUAUUUGGAUGGGAAACGACAUUUUGAGUCAGCUAUGAAAGAGAACAAUGUAUAGUUAUAAGUGAAGUGGAUUACGGCAAAUCUGUCAUUUUUGGAUUGCCUUGGACAUUUCAUUGGACAUUUCAGGAACGUGCUUAUUAGAGGAAUACGGGACAGCCUAUCCUAAAAACAGUAUCAUGGAAUGCAGAAAUACUCCAAAGAAGUUAGCUUUUUAUCCUGAUAUUAUAGUUUAUUUCUAAAUACUUUUUGCCUUUUUCUCAAUUCAGAAGUGGUGAUCCAUAUACAUUUAAAUUCUGUAACACUACUGGAUGAUUAAAAUGACCUUUGUUUAUCCACAUCAACUGUAAAUGAUUACUAGUUGCAUAGUGUGAAAAUCAAGUCAAGAUCCAGUGAGACCUCACAAAGGGAUCUUGUAGCACUUUUGAAACUAGGUCUGCUUCCUCAUAGACUUGUUCCAGCUUUCUAAUGAAGUCAUAGAUUUGUCUAAUGAGAUUUGCAAAAAUCUCCUCUCCUGUCCAUUUAUUCAUCACAUAGCCUGAGAAUAUGGUCUGGUUUAUGCUACUGACUGCUCUGCAGAACAAACCAUAAACCAUAGUAUUUUGGGGAUUUUCAGGCUACGUGGCCAUGUUCUAGAAGAGUUUAUUCCUGACGUUUCGCCAGCAUCUGUGGCUGGCAUCUUCAGAGAAGAAACCAUAAACCACUUCCUAAUGGAUCUCAUAGACUAGAUCUCCAGACAGGCCUAAAGGAGUGGAGUAAGGCUGUGCCAGUGCCAUUCGUGUUAGAACUGUGGCAACCGCACGUAUCUGGUCCUAAUCUGGGUCGCCGCUGUGGUCCUGAAACCAAGCCAUCAGAAGGAGCGGAUUCUAUCCAUUUCUUCUUGGCCCAGUUCUUUUUCAUUGGUGCGGUCUCGACACACUUUCAGGCUGCAUUUGGGGUGUGCAUUAUCUAAACCCAUGCCCCCAGCACAGUCUGAAGCUGCAUCAUUUUGUCUGUAUGUUUUGGUCCUUGGUCUACUUCCUCAGUUGCAUGAAGUGAGGUUCGUCUAAUGCAUUGGCGAAGUAGAUCUAGUCUACAAAAGCUGGAUCUACAAGUUCUUUCAAACAGUCUCAAAGGUGCUACAAAACCCCUUUUCAUACUGACAUUACAGACUAACACCCCCAUUGAGACCUUGGUUUGGCCAAAUCAGUUGUGGCCUAUAUAGCAUAUCACUCAUGGGGUGGUUAUUCUGAGUAUAAGAGAUAAAAAUUGUUGAGUGGGGGCUUGGCAAAUCAGAUGGUACAUAUUGUAAAAAUCUCUUCUCCCUAUACAUUUGGCCCUCGUAUCCGCAGGAGAGCCAUUCUGGAGCCACAUGGAUACCAAAAUUUGCAGAUGCUCACGCCCACGCUACCCCCAAUGGCAGCAUGUGCCCAUGGCCAUACCAUUAGGGACAGCCCUUGUUAUCUUGUGGUAAUGUGUACACGUGGCUGUGCCACCACUGGGGACAAUGGAAUGUAAUGGCAGCACAACCAUGGGCACAUGCCGCCAUGGGAGAAAGGGGGCUGUCCCUGAUGGCACUAUGGCCAUGGGCAUGCGCCACCAUCGUGUCUGGAGAGACUCAGAUCUGUCCAUGGCAAGUCCGUGGAUACCAAGGGCUGUUUGUAUUUGUCAUAUGGCCUUAGAAUAUCAUCUUAUUUAAGCUGCUGAUUGCUCUUCAGAACAAAUAAUAAACCAACAGAUGAAUACUGA